AUGGCAUUCUUUGAAAGUUUAAAAGACAAAGCUAUCAAUACCUUUAAUGAAGUGGUUUUGAAUAAAGAGGUCGGAGGAGACGGAUUGACCAAAGAACAAAAGUUUUGUCAAAAGUUUCAACUUCCGGAGGAGGAGAGAAUCAUUCAAGAAUCUAAUGUUGUUAUACAAUACAGAUCAGACUAUUUAGAACCCAGUUCAAAGUCCAAAGGACCUCAACGAUACCGUGAGCUUGAAGACGAUGAUUUUGAGCUUAACUUUCAAGGCAAGCUAUAUCUUACCCAGCACUUUUUGAUUUUUAGAGACAAUCAAGAUCCAAGAGAUUGUUCAUUCACAUUGCAAUUAUCUACCAUCAAGAAAGUGGAAAGAGAAUCAGCUUCGUUUGAUUAUAACUUUGUGUUGUCAUUGACUACUGUGAGCAGGUUGCACAUCAAAUUUUACUUUAGUGGUGGGAUCAGAUCCGACAAUGAGAGAUUUGCUCAAUGUUUAUCAAUGACAUUGAAAAAGAACCAAACAAACAUUAAAAAGCUUAAACCAUUUAUCCAAACAUGUUAUUCUGAGUACAUUUUAUCAAAAAAUAAAGUAUCGAAUGAAGAUAUCGAGCAUGCUCCUCCUGGUGGGUUAGGAUUGAAGUUCAAAUUUCCAGGGAAUGCCAAAGAGUCCAAGGAUAAAGUUAAGCUUAAAUUAUGGUUUGAUUUUUUCAAAGAAAAUGGUCGAAACCUAUCAUUGAUCAAGACACCAAUGUUUUAUAAGUUGAUUAGAGUUGGUUUACCUAAUAGAUUGAGAGGGGAGAUCUGGGAAUUAUGUUGUGGAUCGAUGUAUUUGAGAUUAGACCAUCAAGAAGAAUAUACCAAAUUGUUGACUGACAACCAAGGCAAAAAAUCGUUUGCAAUCGAGGAAAUUGAAAAAGACUUGAAUAGGUCGCUUCCCGAAUAUGCUGCUUAUCAGAGUUCAGAAGGUAUAGAAAGUUUGAGGAAAGUGUUAACCGCCUUUUCGUGGAAAAAUCCCGAAGUUGGGUAUUGCCAAGCAAUGAAUAUCGUUGUAGCAGCAUUGUUGAUAUACAUGUCGGAGGAACAAGCAUUUUGGACUUUGAAUGUGUUGUGUGAUAGAAUCGUACCGGGAUAUUAUUCCAAAACAAUGUACGGAACAUUACUUGACCAGAGAGUGUUUGAGUCAUUAGUGGAAACAACCAUGCCAGUACUUUGGGAACAUAUUUGCAAGAAUGAUAUUCAAUUAUCUGUUGUUUCAUUGCCAUGGUUUUUGUCAUUGUAUUUGUCAUCUAUGCCACUAGUGUUUGCAUUUAGAAUAUUGGAUAUUUUUUUCAUGCAAGGACCCAAGACCUUGUUUCAAGUUGCCUUGGCCAUCUUAAAGAUUAACGGUGAAGAGUUGUUGAAAACAGAAGAUGACGGAACUUUUAUUUCAAUCAUAAAGGAGUACUUUCUUAGUUUGGAUACAUCAGCACAUCCCAAUUCACCACAAUUAAAGUAUAGAAAUAUCACCAAGUUUCAAGACUUGCUUUUGGUGUCGUUUAAGGAAUUUUCCAACAUAGAUGAAGAAACUAUUCGCCUGCAUAGGGCCAAACACAGAGAUACAAUUUAUCAGAACAUUUCCACUUUUGUCAAGCGCACAGAGAUUAGACAUUUGCCAAAAACACCAAACAUACCACAAAGUACCAUCGAUGUUUUAUAUGAUAGGUUUUAUUCACAAGUGGAAGCAUCAAACAUCACCAAGGGUUCAGGUUCAAGUACGAUUGAUUUUAAAUCAUUUGUAAAAUUUUUGUCGGAGGUUUGCGAUUGGGUUGAUGACACUGACAUUGAUUCGAUUCCUGACAAUCAUUUUUUGCACAGAUUAUUCAACCACUGGGAUUCAGAGAACCAACAUGCACUAUCGUUUGCUGACUUGUUGGUGGGAUUAAAUUCAUUAGUUGAACCUGAUCUCAUGACGGCUAUAUCCAACUUUUACAACCUUUAUGAUACGAAACAUAACAACAAAAUUGACCGAGAAGGUAUAUUGCAAAUCUCGGAAGAUCUAUUGUACAUAACUAAGCCUUGGACAGAGGGACGGUUGCUUGAUGAAAUUACCCGUUCAGCUAUCGAAGACGAAGUUGCAGAAGCUGCUUCGAAAGUGCAAUCGGAAAAGGGCGAGCUACUACAAUCUCAAAUUGAUUCAAUCAAGGAGAAACUUGUUGUACAACAAAAUGAAAGGUACCUACAAGCAGCAAGCAAUUUUAUCAAUCGCGCAUUCGAGUAUGCCCAACCAGUGGAGGAGGAACUACUAAUCAAGGAUUUGGUUAUCCAGGACAAGGAAAAGAGAAACAAGGCGUUGGAUCCAUCGCAUCCAUUGUAUAUCAAUGUUGCUACAUUUCGUAUGGUAAUUUUAGCUGAGCCAAGUUAUGAGCUUUUAUUCUCAAGAGAGUGGAUGUUGGAGUUGGGUCGACCAUUGGAUGCCAAGGUCAACCCAAUGAGAUCAAUGCUCGAUGCGCUUUUAGCUGAUGGAAAGAAGGUUGCCAACAAGGUGAGAAUGAGACUGGAUUCAAGAGAGGAGGAGGAAAGAGAUGAUGAUUUUGGUGUGAUAUCGAUUGAUGAAAAAGAGAAGAAUUUGCUCUUGGAUAUUUAG